AUGGGUUCUGGAAAAGCUGGUGGUGAUAAUGUGGUGGUAGCGGUACGAGUUCGGCCGUUCAACGAUCGUGAGAAGAGCCUGAAGGCUCGACUUGUCGUCGAGAUACCCGACGGGCAGCGAACCUGCAUACGAUGUGUGGAUCCGAAUUGUCCAUCAAACGAGAAAUGGUUUACAUUUGAUCAUUCGUAUUGGUGGUAUGGUGGUUUUAAGGAGGAGAAGGAUGGCCACUUAUCACCUGCAGACGACAGAUAUGCAGAUCAGAGUCGUGCCUACGCCGAUCUGGGCAGAGGUGCGCCGGAGAACGCGUGGGCUGGCUACAACUGCUCGCUGUUCGCCUACGUACAGACCGGAAGUGGAAAGAGCUAUUCGAUCGUCGGCUUCAAAGGAAACAAAGGUAUUGUUCCACCGUUCUGUGAGGAAUUGCUCCAAGGCAUUGAAGAAAAGAGGAAAAGUAAGAAGAACUGCAGUUACGAGGUGUUCAGCCCCAUGCUCGAAAUCUACUGCGAAAAGAUACAUGACUUAUUGUCGUCGAAGGAACCACCGAAAGGAGGAUUAAAGUUACGAGAGCAUGCUACAACUCGAUUCUAUGUGGAGAACCUCUCAAGUGCACCAGCGAGUUCCUACGAACAGAUCGACGGGAAAGACGACGAAAGCACAAAGAAUCGUACGAUAACCGUCACAAACAUGAACGCGACGAGUAGUCGAGCUCAUACCAUCGUCAAGCUUAUUAUCGUCCAAAAAUUUGCGAAAACCGGUGGCGGGACCACAACGAAAAAAUUCGAAAUCAAUCUUGUCGAUCUGGAUGGAAGGUAUGCUAACUGGAUCCGAAAUCAAAUGAUUGUUCCCCAUUUUUCGACUCUCUCAUCUUCUUCUAUAUGGCAGUUUAUUAAUAGAAACAUUCUCUUGUUUACAACAUUCUAUGCUCAAGAACGCUGCCACCUAUUUAAAAAUGAAAAUGAGAACAGCUUCGUCUUGAGACAUUCGACUUAUCUUGGAAAUGAGCAUCUUUUCGUUCGUUGUUUUCUUGACGGAUUUAGAUGA